UUCCUCUCAGGCUUGCCAUAACAAAGACUCUUUGAGAACCAAUCUUUCUCAUCUCCUCCACGCCGGCGAGAGCAGUAGCGACCCAGCGAUGGAGAUGAGAAAGAUCGCCUGUGCCGUCCUCGUCGCCGCUGCCGCGGCCACCACCGCCCUGGCGACUGAGGCCCCGGCCGCGGCGCCAGGCCCCGCCAGUGCUUCCUUCGCAGCCACCCCCGCGGUUGGGGCCGUCAUCGGAGCUUCCGUCCUCUCCUUCUUCGCCUUCUACCUGCAGUAGAAGAAGUGAAGGCGAGCCUCAUGCAGGGCUUACGUGAACAGUGAACGAUUGGGGUUAUAUUGUUACCGUUGACAUCUUUUGAUCUCUAGCAUUCAUUGUUCUCCUCCUUCAAAUAAUGUGAUCGGCGAACAACGUUGAUGUUUAAUGUUACUUCGUCUUUCUCUCA